AUGGCUUCCAAAGAGAACGCUGCCUCAUGUUUCAUCAGUGUAUCCAGAGACCUCACAGAAAGCAUCAGGAAAUUUGUAGAGAAGUCCUCCAUCAAGUUUGUUCGGGGGAUCAAGCUCGACACAAAAAAUGGCAAAACAGAGGACAGGAUACUGGUUCUCACAACAUGGAGACUUUAUCUCAUGGCAGCCAAAGUCCCCACAAAGGUGGAGUCGACCUUUAACUUUCUAGAGAUUCGAGCCAUGAACACCCACCCAGAACAGCAGGUUGUCAUAGAAACAGACAAAUCCACGUAUUCCCUCCGAUUACAGUCACGUGACCACCUUGAUCAUGUGAUCAACCACAUCAAUUUUGCUCUCUCUCGAAUAUUCAACAACUCUGUGUUUGCUCCCUCCAUCUGCCAGUCAGACAGUGAUCUCUCUGAGGGGAGCAGAAAGUACUCUCCAAGUUCAGAUACAUCUGUAGAAACACAGAGGGCCUGCGGUGGGUUUUCUGAGACCUAUGCUGCCCUGUGUGAUUAUAAUGGCAUUAGCUGUAAGGAGGAGGUGCAGUGGGAUGUAGACACUAUCUAUCAUUCUCAAGACAAUCGGGAGUUUAAUCUGUUGGAUUUCAGUCAUCUGGAGAGCAGGGAUCUGGCAGUGAUUGUGGCGUCCAUGGCAUACAACACAUGGUUCACCAAACUCUACUGCAAAGACUUACGCAUAGGAUCGGAGGUGACAGAGCAGGUCUUACACACACUCAGUAAGUCCUCUAGUCUGGAGGAGAUCACGCUGGAGAAUGCUGGGCUCAAAUCUGACUUUCCUCAGAAGCUGUCUGCUGCACUGUCAGAAAACCCAGCCUCUGUAAUUCACUCUCUGAACCUUGCCCACAAUGCACUGGACAGCCAAGGCGUUUGUAAUCUUGUUCAGCAGGUGUGUCAUCUCAGUAAAGGGUUGCGUCUCCUGAACCUGUCCAAAACCUCCCUGUCCUCCAAAGGUAUGGUGUCUCUUUCUCAAGCACUGUGCUCAAGUGAUGAUUACUCAAACUCCCUUCUGCAUCUGGACUUGAGCAAAAAUCCAGGAAUUCUGUCAGGAGAGGAUGCUACGAAUUUGUACAUAUUCCUGUCCCAGCCCAACUGCCUUGUCCACUUAGACCUGUCAGGCACCGAAUGCUCUGUAGACUCACUGUUUGGGGCACUACUUAGAGGCUGCUGUGCUGACCUCUCCUAUCUGAACCUGUCCAAAAACAACUUCUCUCACAGAAAGGUGAAGGAGACGCUCCCGCUAUUUCGUCAGUUCUUCAGUUCAGCGUUUAGUCUCACUCACAUCAGUUUGGCCUCCAUGAAGCUACCCACGGAGGCCUUGAGGGCUCUGUUUCUAGGACUGACCUCCAACCCCCACAUUAAUGACCUACACCUUGACAUCAGUGGUUGUGAGCUGCGAUCGGCGGGAGCUGCAGUCAUACAGGAGCUGUUCCCCAAAGUCACCUCCAUUGCCACAUUAGACAUCUCAGAUAACGGCUUUGAUGCAGACCUGGUCAUAGUACUGCCUGCUUUCUCCAGACACCCCUCUCUCAAACACCUCCACCUGGGCAAGAACUUCAAUAUCAAGAGCAGGGUCUUUGAUGAAAUCCUACAGAAGCUGGUCCAACUCAUACAGGAGGAGGAGUGUGCUCUGCAGUCGCUGUCUCUGGCUGACUCGCGCCUGCGUUCCCGCGGCACCGUGCUGGUCAAUGCCCUGGGCAGUAACACCUGCCUGCGCAAAGUGGACCUGAGCGGGAACAGCCUGGAGGACAUUGGGGCCAAAAUGCUGAGCAAAGCCUUACAAAUCAACACCACACUGAGGAGUGUGACAUGGGAUCGGAACAACACCACUGCCACGGGUUUCAUGGAUGUCGCAAGAGCCCUGGAACAUAAUUUCACCUUGCAGUACAUGCCUCUGCCCCUGAGUGAUGUGACUCAGGCAUAUCGAAAUGCCCCAGAGAAGACAGAGCAGGCUUUGGUUAAGAUCCAGAGAGCACUUCUGAGAAACAAUCAGACUCAGCAGUUCUCACAGAGACAAGCCCUGCGUCUGCAUCAAGGCCUGGUGACCAGCACAGCCGAGCAGGUGAUGGAGCGCCUGUGUGUGCGGGUGCAGCAGCAGGUGUGUGUUCUUCGUGGUGUUGCUGAGGCUGAAGAACUGCAGGCAGCUAAACAAGUGCUAAAAGAGGCCCGCAACUCCCGCGCUCUGUACCCUUCUCUGUGUGAGCUGGCUCAUGUACUGUCAGUGGAUGGGCCAGUCCGACAGAGACUGGACUCUCUCACUGGGGAACUCGCUAAAGCAGCAGACAAAGAACUUCAGGUGAUUGUGGACUCCAUGGUGUCUCUCUGUCGGGAGCUGUGUCCUCUGUCCUCCUCAGCCGCAGAGCGACUGACUCCUCCUCUCUCCUCUGUGUCUGAACGUGUCUCUGUCCCUCGUUCUGCAAUCAGAACUGCACUGAUGGAGAGAGCAGCACAGGAUAUACACCGAGCUUUGGAGGAAGUGAAGCUAUCCGUCGUGUCAUAUCUUACUAACUCUAUUGUGGACCAGAUCUUGCAGGAGCUUUAUUCCACACACAAAGCUUUGACACGACAGGCAUCACAGAUGAAACGUUGGGAAGGAACUUGCGAAGGUGGAACGGGUCGAAGGUCACACAGACACAGGGACUCGCUCGACAUCACGGACGAGGAGCUGGGCACCAGCAUAGACACAAUAGCCAUCAAGAAACGCAGCUCCAGAACCAGAAGGAUCCGUCCUGUAUCUACCCGACUAAGUCUAUGUGAUGAUUCCAGCUCCUCUCCUCCAUCUGCCCCUCCGCUGUCUUCACCCCUCUCUCGCUCAGCAUCAUGGGAGGGCCUUUCUGCCUUGCCCACCCAGGGUGCACCGCUACAUCACGUGACCCGGGUCAGGCCAAGGCCACCUCGUAAGCACAGGGGCGGACUUGUCCCCUCUGACACGCACUGCACUGAAAAUGGAGCUGUCACUCCAUUGGACGAUGGACUGCCUGAUUUUUACACCAAGAGAGUUCUUCCUGAUAGUCAGUUAUCCUCUCUUCACAAAGCCCACUCGCUCAGACGAAAGAAGAGACGCAAUAUGCUCGCGAUAUUUGGUUUCCGUAGGAACCGGAACUCCACUCUCUCCAGUCAGGAGCCAGAUUCAGGGGGCGGAGCCUGUGGUGAAGAGUGUCGGACAGUGGCCAUGGCACCUUGUAGGAAUGCCACAGAGAAUGUUUACACUCUGCUUCAGCCUCCUAGAAUGUCUGGGAGGGCAGGCUCCCCUAACGAGGGGGCUGAUGGUACGGCUGAGGACCACAGACAGGAAGAGCAGGUGGGGCUGAAGGAGGUGCGCUCAGUGCAGGGCAUACCACUGACCAGCAUAGGGGGAAACAAAAUCUUUACCCACACAAGUAGACAGAGAUCAGAUGCAGAACUUGAUAGUGAACGAUCUUCAGGAUCAGACAGACACUCUGAUAGACAGACAGAUAGAGACAUAGACAGACAAACAGUAUGGCAGUCAAGCAGGGAGGUGGACAGACAGACUCUGAGGCAAAUAGACAGAGAGCUAGAUAGACAGACUCUCAGGCAGGCAGACAGGCAGUCUGACAGAGAGGUAGACAGACAUGCUUUUAGACAGGUAGACAGGGAGCUUGACAGACAAACUUUAAAGCAGCUAGAUAAGCCAUCUCUGAGAGAAGUAGACAGACAGACUCAAAGACAAAUUGACAGAGAAUUGGAUAGACAGACAUUAAGGAGACUAGAAAGACAGCCAGAGAGAGAACUAGACAGACACACCCUGAGACAAUUAGACAAGCAGGCUGAAGCACAGCAGAGACAGGCAAACAAGCAGUGGGUGGAGUCUCGACAUUUAGACAGCCAGUGGGCGGAAUACAGGAACACCAGCAGGCCACCAGAGAGAAAGUGGGCAGAUGUAAAACAUACAGACCUUCCACUGGAGAGACAAUGGACAGACCUAAGACAGAUAGACAAACAGUCAGAGAAACAGUGGAUGGACAGCAAACACGCAGACAAACACAACGUGGAGCGACAAGUGCAGGGACCACGGACACCCAUGGAGAGACCUUUACCGCCUUAUCCUUCAGGGGACAGGACCCCCUCCCCAAACACACAAGCUGACAGACAGCUAUGCAUGGCCAGUCAGGCAGACAGGCGACAGCAGUCUGAUCCUAUAUACGCUGAGCUCCACUCUGACCUGGAUGGGCACAGGGACCCAGAGGAGGCUCAGACGGAUGGCCAGGUGCUGGUAGAGAUGUGGACAGACGGUUGUGCGCUGGAGGAUAGGUCGAGGGGAGCGGGAGGGGUUUACCAAGGACGUCCUUUACCCUGUCCACUCAAACCAGACCCCCCUCCUCAGAGCAGCAAGCCCAGUCUGGCCAAACUCAGGCAGAGACCCCUGCAGGAGAGCUCUGGUACUGAGGAUGAAGUGUUUGCAGACAGGGAUGGAGGACGAUUAGACAAGAAAGAGAGAGAUGGGGGAGUGGAGAGAACAAGAGAAACAGCUGGACAGCCCCCACCCAUUCCAGCAAAGCCAAAGACCUCCACCUCUGUGAUGUCUCCUACUGAAUCAGCUCAAGAGAAGAAGUUUCCUCCUGCUGUGCCUUCUGCCUCUGUCAAACCCGUAUUAGGAUUAACUGACAGAGCGCAUACCCAGGGGGAAGAGAGUAUAAGACAGGCUCCAGUGAAACCACAGAGGAACAGGAAGGCUCUGUCAUGUGACACAGGCACUGACAGGGACAGCCCUAACAACCUGGAGAUGCCCCCAAAUACCCGCAAACCCCCAGUGAAAAAACCUAGACUUCCCCAGAACAGAAAUAAAUCCCUGGACUAUCCUGACAGCGUCAGUGCAGUGCCUGGCAACAGUGAGCCAUUGUGA